GAGUGGAGUAUUCCAAACAAGAGGACAUGACGACAAAAACAGUUUUACAACUGCUCGAGUCAAUGAUCGCAGUACAAAAAUGACUGUUGUACAGUGACAUUUUCACACAAUCAACUUAUUUUCUACUGAGAAGAAAUGGCGGAUUUUCCUGGGAAGGUCAACACUCAGACCAGCUCACAGGAGCCUCAGAGAAGUUUUGCAAUCUCAUCAAGCGUUGACAUGGGUUUUAUCAAGAGCAUUCCUGGAAUCCUGCUUAUAGCUGAAAUCGUUGUUGGAUUAUUAGUGUGGACGCUGAUUGCCAGUACUCCCCAUUACUUGAUACCUGCUUUAGGCUGGGUGUUGUUUGUGAGCAUUACUCUGUGGCUUCUGAGCAUUGCCCUGCUGGUUAUCCUGUUGCUGAGUCUUCAUCAGCGUUUGCCCUCAGUGCCCUGGCCUUUGGUGCUGUUGGUGUUCUAUUCAGUCGCAGCUCUUUUGUAUCUCACUGCUUUUCUGGCUAAUGCUGCAACCGUUCCUGGUGGGUAUUACCAGGGUCAUCUAGGAGCCUCUGCAUUCUUUGGUAUAGUGGAGACCCUGUUAUACACAAGCAGCAGCUAUUUUGCCUAUUUGGGCUGGAGAGGUGAAGGGCAGAACGCAGCAGGGAGCACAGUGCCCGUGUAGAGCAUCUCAUCGUCCGGAUAACACUCACAUUCUCUGAAUGAGGACACUUGGAAGAGGAUUAUUACUCAGGUUAUUGCUGAAACUUAUCUUCGGUGAUGUCUGACAAUCUUAACGGUGCAAAGCGUAAUUGCUAUGGUUUAUAACAUGGACACUGUGUGUACUGAGAGUCACCAUCCUGCAUAUGCAGGGCUCAGAUUUUUUUUUAUUUUUACAUUUUUGUUUUUUAAAGAAAGAAAUGAAUUGUUCUAUGCAAAAAUGAUGCAUUUAUUUGAUCAGGAGUGACAGUGACAUUCUAUUCUAAAUAAAUGUGUCCUUAGUGAUAUCAAAAGCAUUUUAAAAAGCCUAAGCUUUCAAACAAUAUACUGUUUUUUUUGAUAAACACUGAACGACUUGAGAAAAUACGUAUUUAAGAGGUAAAGUUGUUGUCUUGGUGUAAAUCUGCACUUGAUGUAUUUGAUUGGAGCAUAAACAUAUUUGGAUAAAAUACGAUUAAAGAACCACUGUAUUUAUUUCUUCAAUGGACAUGUUCAAAUAUGUCUAUAUAUACAAAUAGUAAACAAAUAUACACAAUUUACGAAACAUUCAUCUAGUCAGAACAACACAGUCUAGAGGAGUGAAAAGGCUGAAAUGUGCACUGUAUUCAAAACAGGCUAUUUUGAGUCAUUCUGCUUCUCAGAACGUAUGAGAGCAAUCCACAACUUGACUUGACAUCAUAGUAAAAAUCUGUAUGAGAUUAUUUGCAUUGUUAUGGGUAAAUUUAUAGAUUUAUCCAAUUUUUUUGCACCUAGGGAAGCUUUCUGAAUGAAUAAAAGGGUCUUUUAAAACGUACGUCAUAUCAGGCACAUUGUAUAAUACUUUGUAUUGAAAAGCCCUUUAUGGUUGUCAAGCGAAAGUCGUCUUUUCGUAUACAAUUAUAUAUAAAAUGGUGGGGUCCUUAAUAUGUAAUAAAGUAGCAGCUUUACAUGCUUAUCACCGUAUUCUACUUUUUGUUGCUCUUUAGGCCAAUAAGACAUGAAUAUUGAGUCCGUCAUAAGAAUACUGCAAGAAGAAUCAUACCGGAUAAGCUGACAGUUCACCUGACUGUGACGUUUAAACAUUAACCUUAAACCAAACACAGAUUCCCUUAGGAGAGGUUACCAUAACAUGACUGUUUGUUUUGGGAUGCAUCAGAAAGGCUUGUUCAAUAAAUAUUCAUCUUUUUGUAAA